UCAGGCCUUGUGCCUAUGGUAGAAAGGAUCAUUAAUGUUUCCCUUUUUUUUUUGUUUUUUUGCUUUGCAGACCAUGCAGGCCAUGCUCAGAAGAUAGUACAAACCCUUGACAUUUCUCGAUGGUAUGGCAUCGUGAUAGUUGCAGGAGAUGGGCUGAUAUUUGAGGUCAUCAAUGGACUGAUGUCUCGCCCUGACUGGGAUCAAGCCCUCAAGAUCCCAAUUGGUUGUAUCCCUGGGGGUUCGGGGAAUGCCUUGUGUUGUUCCAUCAAUUACUCAGCAGGUGAACCUAUUCUAGAGAACAUGGUUCUUCACUCAACGUUCAUCCUGAUCAAACACCAAGUACUCCCUCUCGAUCUGGUGGCCAUCCAGACUGUAAACCAAUCCAUGUACUCCUUCUUAUCGGUUACCUGGGGUUUCAUUGCAGACAUUGACUAUGAGAGUGAAAAAUACAGGAAAAGCCUUGGUUCAAAGAGAUUUCUCUUUCUCCUAGCACAACGGCUUAUUGAUUUACGUUCAUAUCGAGGACGUCUCUCAUUUAUCCCAAUAACAGCCUUCAAGGACAGCACAGAUGGUGAGGGCGGAAAUGUCCGCAAGCUGUCCCGCUUUGCAUUCGACAUCAACCCAGGUAGUAGGUCGAGUCUAGACGACAGUUCGAGCAUGGACGAAGGGGUCACGUGGUCGUCGAGCUCCAUGUCGACAGAGGGCAACACGUGCAUAAAGCGCUCUGCAACGAUGUCGGAAGGUUGCAGCGUGAAAGCGAAGCAAGAAUGCUCCGACGUCGGAUCCAAGAACACGCGGCACUGUUCCGAGACGAACCUCUCUUUCGAGGAAUCGACGAGGAGUAGUCACCGAGACCUGAGUUUCAAUUCUUGCUCCGACAUAACCAACUCUCCGUACCUCAUCGACGACGGCAAAGAAAACAACUGCGACCAGAUGGAGCACGCGGACUCAUCUACAUUCCGAACCGCUAACUACAGCGACAACAAAGCAGGUUUCCCUUUAGAAAACAAUGACUCGAUUCGCUGGAAGAGCCAGCAAAUGGUGACGGCAGACAACGUGGUAAUCCAAGAAGAGACCCUAACUGCGCGUAAGAACGUAGGGUGCCCAGUUCCGACACCACUGCUCCCUCCCUUACACGAACCCCUCCCCGACAACUGGGUUGUGAUCGAAGAUGACUUUGUGCUAUUGUCUGCCUCGUACCAGACACAUUUGGGGCCUGAUUUCCUCAGCGCUCCCGACAGCCGUUUCAACGACGGUAUUAUCCAUUUACAUUUUAUUCGGACUGGUAUUUCAAGGAAUGCACUUUUCAAAUUGUUUCUCUCUGUGGAGGACGGUUCCCAUCUUGACUCACCUUUCGUGGAAUCAAUCAAGGUAUUGGCGUUCCGGCUGGAACCUCUAGACAAGGCUGGGAACAUUAUGGUUGAUGGGGAACAUAUAGAAUAUGGUCCGAUUCAGGGACAGGUUUUGCCUGGAAUUGCUAAAAUUAUGGGUAUUCAAUAAAAAAAAAUAAAAAGUUCAAAAAAAGAAAAACAAAAUUAAAAAAGGUACGAUUAAUUACAGGAGUGAAAAUAAAAUUUUAAAAAAAUAUACAAAAACAAAUAGCAAAAGACAAAAAAACUCACAAAUUCCACCAAAAACAAAUAGCAAAAGACAAAAAAAACUCACAAAUUCCACCAAAACCAAAAUCUUGGUUCUUCCAGAAGUCUUUCUGACAUUAAUUUCAGCUUAUUGUGUGUGUAUAUGUGUACAGGCGUAUGUGUGUGAAAGUGUGUGUAUGGAAAUUUAUGCAUAUAUAUAUAUAUAUAUAUAGUCAUUAUGAGGGUAUUUAAACCACUUAACGGAAUAUUUUAUCCAAGGUACACUGGUUUAAUAUUUUGUAUUUUGAAGAGAUAUUUCUUCAAUGAAUAUAUUAUAUAAAAUAUUGCGAAAUAUCAAA